GGUUUAUUUUCCAAGUCUGCGCGGUGUCCUGGGCAAUACAGCUGAAGGGCGGAAUCUGUCUUGUUCUCUCUGUUGUGGAAAGGAGGUGAAAAGAUGUCUCAGACACACCGAGAUUCUGGCAGAACCUUUCAGGGAAUCCCACAGGCCAUGGCCAAUGGAAGAGGUUCCCAAGGACUGCACUUCUCCCGGGGAAACAAGCUGGGGUAUAUGGAGGUGGAAAUCCUGGACUCUCAAAUGGGAAGGUCCCCAUAUGUUAUUGAUAAGGUGCAUCCUUCCGCAACUGUUCUUGACCUGAAAAUUCGAUUUCAUAAAACAUGCCCUGCCAGACACCCAUCAAGAACCGGACUUCGACUUACUCCCAAUGGGGCUUUCCUGAGAGAUAACUGUGAGCUGAGGACCAUCGCCUCCUCUUCUCUGCUCUCAGUGCAUUUCACUGACCUGGGUCGGCAGGUUGGCUGGAUCACGGUGUUUCUGUCUCAGUAUGUCGGACCCCUCUUUAUAUACCUUCUGUUUUAUUUCCGACUGGCAGGCGUAUAUGACAACUCAAUCAGACCACAUUACCAUCAGGUGGUACACUUGGCCUGCUUCUGCCACUCCCUGCAUUACAUCAAACACCUGCUAGAGACCCUGUUUGUUCAUACAUUUUCUGAUGGAUAUACACCUCUUGGAAAUCUGCUGAAGGGCUGUGCCUUCCACUGGGGCUUCACGACCUGGCUUGGUUACUACGUCAACCACCCGUUGUACACCCCUCCAUAUUACAAGAACAAACAGGUGAUCCCAUCUCUGGUUUGGUUUUUGCUGUGCGAAUUUGGGAACCUCUGCAUCAACAUCUCUCUGGCCCGACACAAACCCACAGGUAACGGAGUUUCAUUUCCUGGACCCACCUACAAUCCCUUUACGUGGCUCUAUAAACUUGUCCACUGUCCUCAGUACACCUACAUGAUGGGCGCUUGGCUUAGUUUAUCCGUCAUGACACAGACUGUUCCAGGUAAACCACACACUGACAACACUGACUUCAUAUGCAGAGACUCCAUUUACUACUGUGCCCCUUCCCUCCUAGUGGGAGUGUUUGCUGCGUUGAUCUCUGUCCAGAUGUUGCUGUGGGCUCGGAGGAAGCACACCAAAUACCUCCGCCAGGUGAAUAGUAGAAGCUUCUGGAGGACUGCGGUCAUCCCCUUUCUCAUUUGAGCGUGAGGACUACAAAUCCAAGUUGGUGGACAAUGACACAGUUUUUGUUUUAUUUUGGCUCUGUGUUCCAGCACAUUGGAUUUGAAGUGAUACAAUGCUUGUGGUGUUAAAGUCCAUGAUGUCAGUUUUAAUUUGAGAGGAGCAUGCAUGAUGAAUUAUGGCACGUUUUGUACCUAUUCCACCCAUUAUGGUAGAAAAUUAUAAAACAUUUAGUUUUGAGGAGGAAAAAAAAUCAGUUUUUAUUAAAGAAUGUUUUUAGGCAUGUUAAAAAAGGAAUGAAGGUUAACAUUUUUGUUUUUCAGUUGUCACAAAUUUUUUGUUGUUUGCUCUUGGGAUUUUAGGCUGGGUCUCCAUUAUCACUUUAUGACAACUGCUGAUGUAAAAAGGGCUUUAUAAAAUACAUUGGAUAGAUUGGACACUUGGUAAACGCUGUUUAUUCUUACCAAAUGACAGAAUAUGGGAAAAGUGUAAAUGGAAGAAAUUGUAUUUUGAGGGAACAUGGUCUGUUUGUAUUAAAAGAAAGAGAAGAUUUGCCGAGGCAACACAAAAAGUGUGCCACACGUCCAACUGGCUGUAAACAAAUAUCUCACAAUCAACGAUCGAAGGCACAUAAAGGAAAGGAGAGCGUUAAACAAAGAAUGAAGCAACAACACACUUAUUAAGGCAGCAGAGUGAGAACUUGGAAGUGGCUGCCACAUCUCUCUAAAGUCGCUUAAAGUGACUUUACAACAGGGCUGACGAAUCCCAGUGCAAAUAAAUCGGAGGAUUUACAAAUUAAACUCCUAGUCGCAUGACAAUUUGUGCAAAUGUUUAAUCAUCUGUCCUGGCAUAAAGCAAUAUUCAGUACAAAUAGGAUUCAUUAUUCUCUGCAAUGAACAAGAGCAUUGUGGGGGACAUUGAGUGGCAUACAAAUUACAUUGAGCUCUCAGAGAAGUCAGAGUAAACUGUAGUGCCCAUGAGCCACACACCGUUGUUGUUAGCGGUUGGGAAUAAAGCGCUAAGAGCUAAAUGGACAAAGUGCUUAGGGUUUUCAGAAUUGUCCCAAAAAGGACCACUCACAUUUUUUCCUCAAUAAACCUGUAAUAUGUAUUGUUGAAAAUAAAUACAAAUGUAACUUGUGAAAGUGCUUGGGGGUUUUACAAUUGUAAGAAAAUUUAAGCCAGAAUUGUAUCUCAGUAUAAUGUUUUAUAUGUGCAUCUGAAAGGUUUUCUUUUUUAAAUAAAAUACAGCAACAAUUUCUUCAAAGCUGUUUACAAAGUUCCUGAGUCUUAGGCAAAGCUAUAAUGAUGGCCCACUUUAUCCUGCAAAUAACACACCAGAAGAAUCUUGCACACACUGCAUAUUUGCAAAGCAGGCAUGUCAUUCAAAUUUGGGAAAAACGGACAGUAUAACAAUAAAAGAUCUAUAGUCAUGGAAAUCUCAUAAGCCUCUAGUGAAAACUGCACUUCAUGUGAAUAGGGCACCAUUUGGAAAGAGACUAGCAACAAUCACAGAAUGUACAGGG